AUGCCCCCCAAGGACGCUGCCCCCGAGGUCAUGCCCGAGCUGGGCAUCGACACCAUCUUCAACCUCCGCGGCAAGGUCGGUCUUGUCACUGGCGGUGCGACCGGUAUCGGCAAGAUGAUCGCUGCUGCCUAUGUGCGCAACGGUGCUAAGAUUUACAUUGCUUCGCGCAAGCUCAAGGACCUUGAGCGUGUGGCCGAGCAGCUCUCGGCUCUGGGCGUGUCGUCCGGCGGCCAGUGCAUCCCCGUCCAGGCCGACGUGGCCUCCAAGGCCGGCUGCGACGCGCUCGCCGACCAGAUCAAGGCGCGCGAGACCCGCCUGGACAUUCUCGUCAACAACUCGGGUCUCACAUGGGGUGCGCCCAUGGCCGACUUCCCCGAGGCCAACGGCUGGGACAAGGUGUUUGCCCUCAACGUCAAGUCGCAGUUCUACCUCACCGUCGCCCUCCUCCCGAUCCUGACCAAGGACAAGAACAACAUCCACCCUGCCGUCGUCCUCAACAUUGCCUCGAUUGCUGCCAUCUCGCCCCUGGCAGAGGGCGAGCUCAGCGCUCCCGGCCACGGCACCUUCUCGUACCAGCCCUCCAAGGCCGCGUCGCUCCACCUCACUCGCAUGAUGGCCGCGUCGCUCGCCAAGCAGAACGUCACCGUGAACGCCAUCCUGCCCGGCGUCUUCCCCUCGCGCAUGACCUCGUUCGGUCUUGAGAACUCGGGUGACCUUCUCGUUGCCAGCCAGCCUACCGGCCGUGUCGGCACUCCCGAGGACAUUGGCGGUCUCGCCCUCUUCUUUGCCUCGCGUGCCGGUGCUCACUGCACCGGUACCGCCGUCCCCAUUGACGGUGGUGUCUCCCUUGGCGUCUCGGCGUCGGCCAAGCUGUAA